CCGCAUCCCUUGGCCCCUUUUGUCAGGCCACCCCAAUUCACAAACUGUGGGGAACUAACUGUGUGGGGUAUUGAAAUAUAAGCCUACAUAGGCCGCCUUUACACCACCGGAUCGCACCCGUUUCGCUUUUCGCAGGAUGCCUCCGAAAGCUGCCAACCCGCGAGAGGGGAGACGACGAGCGACCGCACGCCGGAAGGUCGCCCUUGCCUGCGACUCGUGCAGGGAGAAGAAGAUCCGAUGCGAUGGAAAGAAGCCCAUCUGUGGGCCGUGCGAGAGACGUGCGCACCGGGUUGACCAGUGCGUCUACAAUACGGAUACCGUCCGGUCGGCCAGCAGGGACGAAUACUACCAUACCCUUCACCAACGAAUCAGGGAACUGGAAAAUGCCUGUCUGGAAGCGGGCGUGUCCAUCAGGGCUCCAUCAAACCGCCAGCCCGAACGCGAGGCUCCUGGCGAGCCACUUGGAGAUAAUGGAAUGCCAGCAGAGACGGCAACCGUUGCCCCGGCUCCUGUAUACCCGCUCGUAGAAACUGCAGAGCAGCAUCCGAGCGCUACGAGCUUCGCGGAUGGAGCGCCACAACGUCACCGGCUACCAGCCACAGGCAGUGCAAGCGGCAUCAGCCAGUCCAGGUCAACAGCAGAAGAGGCUACAGAUUCCUACGAAUCCCCGCUGUUCGGCGAUGAGCAAGGCCACAUCACCGGCAUGGGCCAGGUCACGGCCCCAGACGCGGAGAGUCGGCGUCGCUUCGCCCGGUUCCAGUUUUAUGGCAGCUCCUCCACGGCUUCGCUCAUGCGCUUUGCCUGGCAGUCGAUGCCUCUACGGCCUGCUAAUGCUUCCCGUGCUGAGCCUGCACUCAGUACUCUCCAGGAUACAUCAACCGAUUACCGGUUUGAUGAUUUCGCCCUGCCACCGCGGGAGCUGGCAGACCAUCUCGUGGCCUGCUUCUUUGAUCAUGUGUAUAUCCUCUAUCCAUUUUUCCAUCGUCCAGCUUUUGAAGCGGCAUAUCGGAAUCUCUGGCGCUCAGAGGAUGAGUCGAAGAUUCCUCUCACGGACAUGCACAUUGGACUGGGAUCCAGUGCAGAAUCGGGACCUAGAUCAAUUGUGCUCCACUCUGCGCUGAAUAUGAUCUUUGCACUCGGCUGCCAGUUUGCCGAUAUAGUUCCUGAAGAAGUUGAGCCUGUCGCGAAUUCUUUCUUCCUGCGGGGCAAGCGGUUCAUCGGCCUCGAUUUCCUCGAUAUCAAUACACUCGGUGUGGUCCAGACUUUACUCAUCACUGGCCUUUUGCUGCAGAGCUCGUCAUAUCCCAGCCGGUGUUGGCACUCCGUUGGCGUUGCCUGCAGGGUUGCGUUAGGCUUGGGACUACAUGAGUCGGAUAUCCUUGCGUCUGUGACACCUUUAGAAUCCGAUAUUCGGCGCCGGACAUGGCAUGGCUGCGUCAUGAUGGACGUGACCUUGAGCAUGACAUAUGGCCGACCAAGCAUGACGACACAUAUAGCGCCUCUGCCUCCUCUGGUUGGAGACUCAGACACAGCUCGACUGGAGCCGGGCGAGAAACCUUCAUUGAUGGCAUUCUAUACGGAGACCAUCAAGCUUUACGACAUCCUCGAUCGGAUUCUAUCUGACGUCUACUAUGUCUGGCGUAGUCGGUCGCGGAAGGACCAAGGGAAGCCCUCGACCAUGGGCCUUGGAGGAUUAGACACGGUGCUCGAAAUAGAGAGACAGCUGACUUUAUUUGAAGCGAAUCUACCGUCGUUCCUCAAGUGGACCACCGGCCAGCCUGUCCUGCACCAAGCCCCAGAGCUGAGCCAGCCAAUUGCACAGCAGCGGAAUGUUCUUCAUGCCAGAUACAUACACCUCCAUCUCCUCCUCUAUCGACCCAUCUUCACCCAACUCUACUCGGAAACAGUCCAAAGACGCGAGUCAGCGAACGGAACUGGCCCACAACCGAACCACACCUUCCAGAGCCUCGCGGAACAAAGCACCCUGUACUCAUCCAUGGCGAGUAAAUGCGCCGCGGCAUGUGUAAUGGCAGCUGUAGACCUAACACACCUCGUCCACGAGACGUAUCAAACGUCAGCCACGGAUGCUUGGUGGUACAAUGGAUUCUACGUCUCAACCGCAGCUGUCGUCCUCUUAAUAUCCUUCUCCGCCCCGUCAAUGCUCGACGCACCCACGAUCGCAAAAGCGCGCGAAGGCUGGACCGAGGCAACGAGCGUCCUCAAAUCCAUGGCGACGUUCCGGCAAUCGGCCAGCAACACGCUGCAAUUCCUGCAGGCGGCGUAUCGGCAGGCGGUCCCUGGGGAGAUGCCGUAUCAGCCAAGUGGCGGCGACAACGACGGCGCGGGGGAACAGGCUCAACCUCUGCAUUUUUCAGGUAAUCUUCCGCAGGGCUAUGAUCCGUUUGACCGCACGGAUCACGACUUUCUGAACACGCCGCUGUUGAAUUGGGAGGAGUAUGCGGCGAAUCUGGGCCAGGGGCUGGAUGAUUUGGGGUUUUUGACGCGGCUUGAUUUUCCUGAUCCUUUGGGAUGAGACGACUGGAUAUAACAUUAUUUGUGAACUAAUCUCUCCCGCUACGUUUACUCAAGUGUAUCAAUAUAAUGAGAAAUGUCCGCAACACCUCCAGGCACCCACUGCCAAGGAAAAGCCCUGUCUGCGAACAUAAUUCACCCCGCCGGCCCCGAGGGAUCGAGGGCCAAACUUGCAAGGGACCUCCUACUUAUAUAAGGUUUAAUCAACCCCCUUCCUGCCCUUCCCCCCAUUCCCCUUCCCCCGAUCCCACCCAACAACAUCCGUCCCAUGCACCCAGUCCAUCAACCCAAUCGUCCCAU